AUGCCUCACCACCACCCAGGAACCUGGGCCAGCAAGAGCGAACUCGACCCCACCAACCUCCCUUGGGCAGUCACAGCUCAUCUCCUCGCCAUCAACAAUGACCAACUGCACCGCGUUACCAACCACCCCUUCCUCGAGCGUGCCGCAAAGGGUACCCUACCAAAAUCUUUGAUCGCUCAGUGGCUUGCAAACGAUAGGCAAUACCUUCAAGGUUACCUCUCUACUAUUAAGCACACCCUGAACCUUGUUCGCAGUACACAUAGAUCAACAACUGCACCUGGUGACGAGCCAGACAUUCCAACACGAUUUAUUGCGUGGUUAGAGUCUGCCAUCAAGAACGGAGAGAGGGAGUUACGAUUCUUCCAAGAAGUUGCUGAAAUCUACAAAAUCGACCUCCCAGCUACACCACUUCAAGAGAACGUAAAGUCAGAAGGCCUUCGUCGCUACGAAGCGCUGUUCGCCAGUGUCGCUUCUCAACAGCCAAACACAUUCAUACCUUGGCUCGAAGGUGCCAUCUUGCUAUGGUCAACCGAGAAGGUAUACUACGAGGCCUGGUCCUGGGCUCGCCGACAAGACGCUCAGUCUUCUCCUCGAAAUUACGACAACGACCAGGAUGGCGGUGCGAUGCGAAGAGAAUUCAUUCCCAACUGGUCGAACCGCGACUUCCUCAUGUUCGUCGAGCAGCUUGAGCGCAUCGUCAAUGAAGGAGUAAGCGACGCCGUUGAUCGAGACGAUGGAAGAUGGGCAGAGGUCAAGGCUAGGGUUGACCCUAUUUGGAGAGCGCUGCUCGAUGCUGAGGAGGCGUUCUGGCCGGAUGUACCCAGCAGCCACGGCAGUCUGAUUGAACCUGGUGUUCAACGGGGUGUCGAUGGCAAGAUGGAUGGAACCACUCUUCGUAGUACUGGAGACAACGAAAUACUGAACCACAAUCAGGGGCUUGGACGCCGCGAAAAUACUGCGAAAAAGUUCGAGAACAUCGCAUCGCCAAUUGCAACACCACCAACCAACACAAUAAUCGCCAUGGCUCUCGUGCAGACCGAUCCCGACGCGUAUGUGAUCAAGCCAGCGGCGGCUGCGCCUGCCAUCGACACCAGCGACUGGCCCUUGCUGCUCAAGAACUACAGCGACCUGCUCGUUCGCACAUCGCACUACACUCCCAUCCCCAACGGUUGCGCGCCGCUAUCGCGAGACCUCAAGUCGUACAUUAGCUCUGGUGUCAUCAACCUCGACAAGCCGUCCAACCCAUCCUCUCACGAAGUCGUGUCAUGGAUCAAGCGCAUGCUGAGAGUCGAGAAGACUGGUCACAGCGGUACUCUCGACCCCAAGGUCACUGGUUGCCUCAUCGUCUGCAUUGAUCGUGCCACCCGUCUCGUCAAGUCCCAGCAGGGAGCCGGAAAGGAGUACGUUUGCGUCAUUCGCAUGCACGACAAGCUUCCUGGAGGCGAGGCGCAGUUUGCGCGUGCCCUUGAGACGCUCACCGGAGCUCUGUUCCAGCGUCCCCCGCUCAUUUCCGCCGUCAAGCGUCAACUCCGUAUCCGAACUAUCCACGAGAGCAAGCUUUACGAGUUUGACAAUGAGAGGCAGCUCGGUGUCUUCUGGGUCAGCUGCGAGGCCGGAACCUACAUCCGUACUCUUUGCGUGCAUCUUGGUCUUUUGCUCGGUGUUGGCGCUCACAUGCAGGAGCUGCGCCGUGUCAGGUCUGGAGCUAUGGACGAGACCAAGGACCUGGUCACUCUGCAUGACGUUCUCGAUGCCCAGUGGCUGCACGACAACAAUCGCGACGAGGCCUACCUUCGCAAGGUCAUCGCACCUCUCGAGAGUCUUCUGAUGAGCUACAAGCGUAUCGUCGUCAAGGACAGCUCUGUCAACGCUAUCUGCUACGGUGCUAAGCUCAUGCUUCCCGGUCUGCUGCGUUUCGAGAAGGGUAUUGAGAUCCACGAGGAGGUUGUCCUCAUGACCACCAAGGGUGAGGCUAUUGCGCUCGCAUACGCGCAGAUGUCUGCCGUUGAGAUGUCAUCAUGCGACCACGGUGUCGUUGCGAAGAUCAAGCGUGUGAUCAUGGAGCGCGACCUUUACCCCAGGAGGUGGGGUAUGGGCCCAGUCGCCACCGAGAAGAAGAAGAUGAAGGAGGCUGGCACUCUCGACAAAUUCGGCCGCCCCAAUGACAAGACUCCCGCUAAGUGGAACACCGAGUACAAGGACUUCAACAGGAACGACGUCGAUGGCGCUUCCGCACCUGUCGCUGAGACCACCUCCACGUCCGAGGUCCUCGCCGCUCCUGCUGUCCCCGCAACUGGUCUCGCACCUGCCGAAGAGGCUGAGGCGGAAGCCGAGGUCGCCGACAAGAAGAGCAAGAAGCGCAAGAGCCGUGGUGACGGCGACGACGAGGGUGAUGAAGACAAGGCCGAGCGCAAGCGCAAGAAGAAGGAGGAGAAGGCUGCGAAGAAGGCCGCUAAGGCCGAGAAGAAGGACAAGAAGAAGAGCAAGGGUGAUUCUGACAGCGACUCCGACUAA